AUGUCGGCAUCAUCCGCUCAUUCCCGUGGUGUGAACCGACGGGUCAACAGCCUUCAAAAUGAGGCCCGGCACUCACGCAGCCUUUCCGCCUCUCGAAGGCGUCUCGUCACUCCGAACGAUGCCUACAAUUAUGCGCUUCGUGUAGCUUACCUGUCCUACCUGCUCCAGCCUCGAGCCCGCCGCACACAGCCUACACCGGCACCACAGGGUCAUGUCCGUCGAUCAUCAACGUCUUUUCACGACCUGAUGAGCGAUUUCCGCUUGAUCAGGGACUCCAAAAGCACACGAUUUCCCAAUGGGUUCAUCGCCGAGCUGGAGAAGAGACUGACGGGUAUUCUGAUGGGGAAAGAGAAGAGAAAAGAAUACCAGGAUCACUUGGUCAUUAGGACGUUUGCGGCCUUCCUUAAUUCUUUGAAGGAGCAGUCAUUUAAGAAGCGAAUGGAAAAGGAUCGGCGGGUGGAAGACCUAGUCUUGAUUUUCUUCUCGAACGCCACCAAAGAGCUAUCGAAAGGCAAAGAUCCCAGUGACGAUAGCUGGAGUCUGAUGGUAGAUAGACAUGUCGCGCUCUUCGUUCGCCUGAUUACGCUCAUUCUAAAAGAUAAUGACUGGGCGAAAGAGAGGCCUGAGUUGAUGAGUCGGCUGGCGGUCUUGGAAAGCAAGUUGCUCGUUCACGAUCAAGACCUCGCAGAAACGAACGGAUUGUCAAAAGCGACGGUCGAGACAGUUGUCCCAUUGAGUUAUGAUGUCAAGGACAUGCCACUCGUACAAGUUGUGGCCCGAAUAUUCGGAAUAAGCACAGCUCAAGCACAAGCUGAUAUCAACAAGAACAAGGCCAUCUGGACAGAAAAGGCGGCUCUUCAAGACCUGAAAGCCUACCAGGCACACUUGAACCUGAAAACUGGGAAGACCUUGUCCAGUGACGAUUUCGAAGAUGAAGAAGCGUAUGAAUCCUGGAAACGUGGCGAGGGGCCUGAUCUUUCACAGAUGAUGCUCGCUAUUGUACAAGCCAACCCUGAACUUGCAAAAAGCACGCCAGGGGAUGCGCUGCCACAAUUCAAUUCUGCCGCCGACGCUAACUUUGCCGAUCUAUCGCGUCAAUCUUCUGAAAGAUCCAACCGCACGUCGUACGUCAUCGAUCAACCGGUGGACCUAAGCGCUUUGUCUCUGAAUGAUGGUGUCGACAUGUCAGAGAGUGUCUACACGUUUAUUCCCCCGGAUCCUAGAUCCUUCUAUCGAGCCAUACUUUCUCAUGCCCUCACUUAUGAUCUCAAGGAUCAAAAGCUGGAAGCUACGGAAGCAACCUCUGAAGCUCCAUCCAUGAAACUACUCUCGAAACAGUCGACGGAGCUUCUCAAUGAGAUUGCUCUCCGUUGGCGUAUUCCGGCGUCUUCUCGUGCGGUUCUGUUUUUGGAUGUCAUCCGCGAGAAAUUUGUAGAUCAAGAAAUUGAUCUGAACACUCUCGAUGCAGCAUUCACAUUUAUCAAAGACGCGCCAAUGAACGAAGGCAAGAAGCGCAGCAGCUUUAUACCCUCUGUUAUGUUCGAUAGGAAACGAUGGACAAUCCAUGAUAUAAUGCUGAUGCAGCAGUUGCUAUCUGCGCUUCAUGAUGCUCUCCUACGAGAGCUGUAUGAUGUUAUGAUGCACUGUUACGACUCGAAGCCUCAUCCAAUUGGCCCAGUCAUGUAUAUUUUGGACCAUCAUAUACGACAGGAUCCCCACUAUACAGAAAACGCUGAAGAUUACGAUCGCUUUCGGACCUAUGUCAAUGAGGGACUUGUAGAAAGAGCAAAAGAGUCGUAUCAACAGUUACUCGACAAGGAAGUGCCGGCUGAGCAGGAAGCCUGGGAACCAUUCCACGUUAUCCAACUCGGCGAGGGGAUCAUGAAGCUGUCGCAAAAGAUCCAGAAACGCUACAGAAAUAAUCCCGAAAUAAUGGGCUGCGUGCUUCCCAUGUAUGCUGAGGAUGCCCACGAUAUGGUUGUCAAAAUCCUUCGGCAGGCGCAAGAAAGGGGAACCGAAAUUCCGAUAGAGGAUGGUUUUGAUCUUUACCGAGGACUUACGGCAAUCAGGCGUCUCUAUGCAGAUGCCCUUCCUGGGUAUGAUAUGGAUUGGACCUUUCUGACUAGAGCGUGGCUAACAUCCCAUCGCAGACAACCCUUUCCAUUCCGCAUAGAGGAUUUACUUGCGGACUUUGUUUGGCGGUGGAUCCGGCUCACGGACGAUAAAGUCUUGGAAUGGGUUGAACAAGCUGUGCGACAAGAUUCAUUUACCGUACGGAGUGAAAAUCCGAACGACCCCCCGGCUGAUGAGUUACGGCAUAGUGUGUCCGUUAUUGAUAUUUUCCGUUCAUUCAAUCAAGUUGUUGAACAAUUGGUGCAGCUGGAGUGGGACGAUGAUUUGCAAUACGCUAAAUUCAUGACUGCUCUCUCCAAGUCCAUAGGCAGAGGUGUGGCAAGGUAUUGUGAAUUGCUUGAGCAAUCUUUUGCCAAAGAGAUGGACCGGCUCUCGCCUGAUCAAGAAGCGGCAUUGUAUCAGACGAGACAAGAGAAAUUUAUGCAAAUGGCUAGAGAUGCCUGGAACAGCAAGGAAAAGAUCGAGCCGUUCCAAUUCCUUCCAGAGUCACUUGUGAAAUUAAAUGACAUUGAACACGCCCUUUCUGAACUCGACAAGCUCGAACGUGAAAUAAAUGUGGAUGGUUGUGCGGACGUGAUUGCAAAACACAGCCCUCCGGCAACCCAGAAGGCACGGAAAACCACGACUUACGUGUUCACGAUCAAGAUUGUCGAGGGGGAGGAUCUGAAAGCGUGCGAUAUGAAUGGCAGCAGCGAUCCAUAUGUCGUGUUGACAGACGAGUACCAGAAACGCAUAUCGAAGACUCAUGUCGUAUACAACAAUCUGAAUCCUCGGUGGGAUGACAGUGUCGAUAUCACAACCAAGGGUCCUCUUAAUAUCAUCGCCACGGUCUGGGAUUGGGAUGCUUUAGGUGAUCAUGACUAUGUAGGCCGAACGUCACUCAAGUUGGACCCAGCCCAUUUUGGAGACUUUCUGCCGAGGGAAUUUUGGCUGGAUCUGGAUACGCAAGGGAGAAUCCUUCUGCGUGUGAGCAUGGAAGGCGAACGAGAUGACAUACAAUUUUAUUUCGGUAAAGCUUUUCGGACCCUGAAGCGAACUGAGAAGGAGAUGACUCGCAAGAUUACGGAAAAGUUAUCUGCAUAUAUCAGCCAUUGCCUUUCUCGUCGUGCUCUGAAGGCCUUGCUGUCCCGGGGAAUUAGCAUUUCUAGCGUUUCAAGCUUCCUGAAUCGAAACCGGGCUCAAUCCACAACCGUCGCGCCCACCCAGGCAGAAAUCGAGAACGCCCUGAGUCCACUCUUCACAUAUUUCAAUGACAAUUUCGCAAUCAUGAACAAGACUCUUACGUCUGAAGCAAUGAAGAUGGUUAUGGCGCGGUUGUGGAAAGAAGUGUUAGUUACUAUCGAAAGCUUGCUUGUUCCUCCUCUGUCGGACAAGCCAUCACAUCAGAAGCCUCUCACUAUGCAAGAAGUCGACAUUGUCUCACGCUGGCUCGUCCUCCUUCUAAAUUUUUUCCAUGCUGUUGAUGAAGAGACGGGCGAGGCAAAUGGAGUUCCGUUGGACAUCUUGAAGUCGCCAAAGUAUCAUGAUAUUCAGUCUCUUAACUUUUUCUAUUUCGAACCUACAGAGAAUCUCAUUCGGACCUCUGAGCGCAUGGCCUCUGCCACGGUCAUGAGGCAGCAAGCAAACAAAAACAGACAAUCGGCUCCACCAGGGCAGGGCCCUUUUGGCGGUUCAGGAAUUAUGGGUGUUCCUACACGGCGUGCCAAAAGCAUUAUGCUUUCGCGCAAUCUGGGCACAAUGAAGAAGGCCAAGGAGGAAAAGUGGCGUGAAGCGCAAGCAGAGCCCAAUGAUGACAUGAUCCUUCGCAUCCUCAGAAUGCGGCCAGAGGCUGCCAGCUAUCUUCGUGACCGCAGUCGACAGAAAGAAAGACUGGCUGCAGCUGCGGCCGCAGAUGCCAUAGUGAAACAGAGUCUCAUGGCAAGUGGGGGAGGGAGGAUGACAGCUACGCUCGGGAGAAGAUGA